AUGGAAUUAAAGGGCAGGGUCGAAUCCUUAGCAGUGGACGAAAGGGUGUUUACCAAACUGUGGGCAACAAAAGCUCCUUCCAAUGCGCUGGCUCUUUCAUGGAAGAUUUUGAAUAACAGGAUUCCAACCAAGGUGGAGCUAGCAAGGCGUAACGCUUUACCAGGAGGAUUGAAUACAGCCUGUGUCUUGUGUGCUGACAGUGAGGAAUCUAUUGCUCAUUUAUUUCUGUCUUGCAAUAUAUCUUGGAGGAUUUGGAUGCAAGUUUAUAAGUGGUUGGGCAUGUCAAUGGUUCUCACUAAUUCUGUAAGUCAACACUUUCUACAUCAUGUGAUUCCGGGUAUUAAUGGUAGAGGAAGUAAGGCUGCCUCACUUAUUUGGGUAGCCACUGUUGGUGUCAUUUGGAAUUUAAGAAAUGGUGUGGUUUUUAGAGGGGUUUCAGUAGACACCGCAAGAAUCCUAGACAGUAUUCAAUUCAGAACCUGGUUGUGGCUCAAGGCGAACAAUUCAUCAUUUGGGGUGUCAGUUUAUGAGUGGAUUGAAAACCCAAGAGUCAUGUUUAUUGCAAGGAGGGAUGUUACUGGUAUUGUUAAUUUACUCUUCGUGGGGGCAGCUAGCUUGGUGAUCCUCUCAGUACUUUGGCGUGGAACUUCUUUCAUUCUUUGUGGAGCUAUUUGUUUUUAUACUACCAUUUGGAAUUUUGCUGCAAUGUGUCAUGAUUUCCUUAGCUGA